AUGAACAUAUCAUCGAUGCUAUCUACUGAUGGUGGUGGUCAAGCUCCUUCAUCGCCUCCUCCAUCUAUACGAUGUACCGAUAUUCCCAAAGGGGAAGAGGAGAAGUUGUUGAAACAAGAGCUGAAGGAGGCGCGAGAGCACGAGUUUGCCACUGCGGUUGAUAAUAAGGAGAACCAGAAUGGAAGUGCCACCAUGAUUUCUCCAUCAUAUCCAUCAAAACAAGCCAUCUCGCCGAUAAAUUAUCAUCAAAAAAUUAUCACCAAAAAGCAAAUAGAAUCAUCCAAACUCGAUCCACUCAUUGCAGAAAUACUAAUACCAACAAACCUAACCGGCAGCAACUACAACAACGGCGAGCUUUCUUUAGACCAAGAGUAUAAAUCCAUCUUUGAGUCCAAUAUCAGCAUUAUAAACCAACUAGAUGAAAACCAAAAAUUGAGUCAAGAUUUAAGAAUACUCAAAUUUAACGAAAUUAAACUAAACAACUAUCUCAUCAGUACUCACCAGUUUGCUGCAAAUUAUAUCGAUAGAGUUGUAGCUGAAGAUAUCUCUUCAAGAGCUAAUAAAAUUAGCGAUACAAACAAGAGCAAAGAAUUGAACCUUAUAGAUUAUUCGAAACCAUUGCACCAUAAUAGUACUAGAGGCAAGGAAUAUAAAUGGGGCUCAACAAGAGAAGUAUACAAGAUUGAACAUAAAUCAAGGAGGAGAAGACCCGAAGGUAAUGGCGGUGGUGACCACUCAUCUGGUAAAGGUGCUGGUUCCCACAAUAAUAGUGCAAAUGCUAAUGCUACAACCAGUAGUAGCGGUAGCAGCAAUGAUGACCCCGUACCGAUUAAACCUAAAGGUGGAUUGUCCGCUACAAGUACCUUUGAUACAAACGUAAGACGUAGUAGUCGUUCAAAAGUGAAGAGAAAAUCUUAUGAAGAAGAAGGCGAGUUGAAUCUUGACUCGCUUUUAAUGGACGAAGAACAAGGGGGAGAGAAUGAAGGGCAAAAUAACAAUAAUAAUAAAAAGCAGGCUAGCGGUGGCGGCAGAGGUGGCGGCCGUAGCAGUGGACAUGGUCAUGGUGAUUCCAAACGAAUUAAGUUAGAAGACGAAAGUGGCAAGAUAAAAAGUGUUUCAACUAGUGGAUCAGGUAUGACCUCUAAGGAACACAAGGCAUUCAAUAGACAAUAUGAUAACACCUAUGUAGCAAUAUGGAAAGAUAUGUCAAGAAAAGACGGACCAAAAGUAAGUCGAUUGAUUCAACAAUCAACUCAAGCCAAAUUGAUCAACUUAAAGAAAACAUGUAUAUUGGCAGCAAGAGAAGCCAAAAGAUGGCAAUUGAAAAAUACCAAGAAUCAAAAAGAUUUGGUUACUAAAGCAAGAAGAGCAAUGAGAGAAAUGUUCAAUUUCUGGAAACGUAAUGAAAGAAUUGAAAGAGAAUUGAAGAAAAAACACGAAAAGGAAUUAGUCGACAAGGCAAAGAAAGAAGAAGAAGAUCGAGAGUCAAGAAGACAAUCUAGAAAAUUGAAUUUCCUUAUUACUCAAACGGAAUUGUACUCUCAUUUUAUUGGUAAGAAGAUCAAAACUGAUGAAAUCGAAGGCAGUGAUGCUGAUCCAAGAAUCAAAUCACGAGCAAAGGAACAUUUAGAUAAGUAUUCUGGGAUUGAUGCGGCAAGGCACGAUAUACUGGCACUUGAUUUUGACAAUGACGAUGAAGAUGCCUUACAUCGUGCUGCAGCACAAAAUGCUCAAACCGCUUUAGUCAAUGCUCAAAAUCAGGCUAGACAAUUUGAUAAUGAUGCUAAUAUUGAACAGGAAGGAAAAACUGAAGGUGAAGGAGAAGGAGAAGGAGAAGGAGGAGAUGAAGACCCAUUUAAAAACCCAGAUACAAAUGGUGAAGAAAUGAAUUUCCAGAACCCUGCUUUAUUAGGAGAUAUGAGCAUAAAACAACCAAAGAUGUUGAAAUGUACAUUAAAAGAGUAUCAAGUCAAAGGUUUGAACUGGUUAGCCAAUCUUUACGAGCAAGGUAUCAAUGGUAUAUUGGCAGAUGAGAUGGGUUUGGGUAAAACCGUACAAAGUAUAUCUGUUUUGUCAUAUUUAGCAGAAACACAUAAUAUUUGGGGUCCUUAUUUGGUUGUUACACCAGCAUCAACUUUACAUAACUGGCAACAAGAGAUUUCCAAAUUUGUACCAAAUUUCAAGGUUUUACCUUAUUGGGGGAAUGCCAAGGACCGUAAAAUUUUGCGUAAAUUUUGGGAUAGGAAAUCUUUGAGGUAUGACAAAAAUGCCCCAUUUCAUGUAUUGGUUACUUCUUAUCAAUUGAUUGUUUCCGAUAUUGCUUAUUUCCAAAAGAUGAAAUGGCAGUAUAUGAUUUUAGACGAAGCUCAAGCUAUCAAAUCAUCUCAGUCUUCAAGAUGGAAGUCUUUAUUAUCAUUAAGUUGCCGUAACAGAUUAUUACUUACAGGUACACCUAUACAAAACUCGAUGCAAGAAUUGUGGGCUUUGUUGCAUUUUAUUAUGCCUACACUUUUUGAUUCACACGAUGAGUUUAGUGAUUGGUUUUCCAAGGAUAUCGAAAGUCAUGCUCAGUCAAACACAGGGUUAGAUGAACAACAAUUACGUCGAUUACAUAUGAUUUUGAAACCAUUCAUGUUGAGACGUAUCAAAAAGAAUGUUCAAAGUGAAUUGGGCGAUAAAGUUGAAAUUGACUUAUUCUGUGACUUGACAAAUAGACAAAAAAAGUAUUAUCAACUGUUGAGAUCACAAAUAUCCAUAAUGGAUUUAAUCGAUGCAGCAGCGGCAGCAGCUUCAUCAUCAUCUUCACUGAGUUCCGAUGAUUCAUCAACUACUUCUUUGGUAAAUUUAGUGAUGCAAUUUAGAAAAGUCUGUAAUCAUCCUGAUUUAUUUGAAAGAGCCGAUGUGAAAUCGCCCAUGGCAAUGGUUAAAUUUCCCGAAACCAGUUCAUUUUUAAGAGAGGGUAACGAUUUGGAUGUAAGAUAUGCUUGUGAGAAUUUGAUCCGGUUCGAGUUGCCAAGAUUUGUCUAUGAUGAGUUGAUGACUCCUAAUAUUAAGAAAAACAGUAAGGAAUCAAUCUUUGCUAAAUUUAAUAUUUACACACCCGAGAAUAGCAAGGAUUUGCCAUGGAUGCCAUUUGUAGGAAUUUCACCUGGUGAAUUAUUACAAUUGAGUAAACAAAAUAUUCUCGAACGAGCAAUUGGUCAACACAAAUACACUUCAGGAGGCAAUAAGAUUGAAAUGAUCAGUUAUUUAUACGAAGGAGAGUUCACUCCUGCCAGGUUAAGACUAUUGAUCAACGAAAAUAAGAUUACACAACCAAAAGUUGGAAACUCAUCUAUAUUAUCCCACUUGUGUAAUGUGCGUGGAAAAGUAUAUGAGGAAAUGUACUUGAACACUCAAGACUCUGCAUACACACCAAUAGCAGCAGCACCACCCAUUGCAAUCAAUUGUUCAUCAAGUAACUUCUACAUUAAAUUAAAACAAGAGUUGUUCAACCCCAAAAUCCGUUCAUCACUAUCGCCCAUGACACUUGGACAAGAAUAUCAAUAUAUGAAGGAUAACAUCCCGCUUGAUCGAUAUCCAGCAUCAAAUAUGCUACCACAAGCAUUGAGUCAUCUUCAUGAUUAUUCCAACAUUCGCAUGCCAUCAAUGGACCGAUUCAUAACCGAAUCGGGAAAAUUGGCCAAGCUUGAUGAAUUACUAUCAGUAUUAAAACAAGAAGACCACAGAGUAUUGAUUUAUUUCCAAAUGACUAAAAUGAUGGAUCUUAUGGAAGAAUAUUUAACUUUUCGACAGCACAAGUAUAUCAGAUUAGAUGGAUCUUCCAAAUUAGAUGAUCGUAGGGAUUUGGUACACGAUUGGCAAACAAAGCCGGAAAUUUUCGUGUUUUUAUUGAGUACUAGAGCAGGUGGUCUAGGAAUAAACUUGACUGCAGCAGAUACGGUUAUAUUUUAUGAUUCUGAUUGGAAUCCAACUAUUGAUUCUCAAGCAAUGGAUCGUGCUCAUCGAUUAGGACAAACUCGACAAGUUACCGUUUACAGGUUACUUACAAGAAACACCAUUGAGGAAAGGAUGAGAGAUCGUGCUAAACAAAAAGAACAAGUGCAACAGGUUGUGAUGGAAGGCAAAGGCGCCAGUACGUCAUCCACCACCACCACUACAAACACCACAAGCACCACCACAAACACCACAAACACCACAAACACCACAAAUACCACUACUACUAACAGCAACAACAACACUAACGCCAACAAUAGCAAUGGCAAUAGUACCAUCGUUACUGCCACUAAAGCUGGAGGAGUAAAAAUAUUUGGGAAGAAGGAAGAAUUAGCGAAUAAGAAGAAAGACGUUGCGUUUUUAUUAUUGGGUAACGAAAAUGGUGGUGGUAGUGGCGGGAUUGGUGAUGAAAGUAGUAUUAGUAGUGGAAAUGUAAGUGAUGUUGCUGGUGAGAGUAAAGCAAAAAACACAAAGAAAAGAUUAAGAGAAGCCGAUGAUGAUGAUGAUGAUGAUGAUGAUUAUGACGAUGAUGCAUUGAAUAGUAAAAAACUACAGGAAUUGUAUCAUGAAGGAGAAGGAGAGUUUUCAGGCACAGUGACCCCAGCUCCAUUAUAA